AUGCAUGGUGAUGUUGUGAUAGUAGGUUUGAAAACUCGUCCCAUAAGCAUAUGGACGAGUGGUAGGGGAUAUCACAGAUCUUUUUGGUGGAACUCUUUGCCAUAUGUGAGGCUCUAUACCUCAUUCGACUUUGGGAGAUGGUCUGCACGAUACAUUCAGAUCACCAUUGAUGUUAAGAUGGUGCUUCAACAGUUGGUUUCUGGUGCGACACUCGAUGCUACAGAGCUUGAACCAAGACCAGGCGGGCAGCUUCUCUGUUUGAGCCCUCAGUUCUCAUCUGAUUCAAUCGCUCUCAGUCUCUCUCUCUACCGUGUGUUGGUUGCUGAGAAAGGAAAAGAAAGAAUGGGGAUUCGGUUCAUUUUGAUGGUGAACAAGAAAGGCCAGACUCGUCUUGCCCAGUACUACGAAUGGCUCACUCUCGAGGAACGCCGAGCCCUAGAAGGCGAAAUCGUCCGUAAGUGCCUCGCCCGCAACGAGCAGCAGGUUUCUCUCUACCUCUACCCACUUUCUCCCGAUCAUGAUUUCCCUCGAAAUCUUCGAUCCUAG